UCCAUGGCGACAGCACUCUCUGCACCGGUCGCUGGUCGAGUGACGUUGGGGAAAUGCGGACGGAGAAGGACAGAGGCCGCCAUGCGAUCGCCCCGCACCGUCGCUGCUCUCCUCGCCCGCUACUCGCUCAGGACCAGCGGCUGCAGAGCCUGCGGGCCCGGAACACGAAGGAUUUCUUCAUCAGUUGAUCCUGAGGUUAAAGUUUGCGUAAUUGGCAGUGGACCUGCAGGUUUCUACACUGCACAGCAUCUGCUGAAGCACCACAAAUCAACUGUGAUUGAUAUCUAUGAAAAACUGCCAGUUCCAUUUGGCCUUGUGAGAUUUGGCGUUGCUCCUGACCAUCCAGAAGUGAAGAAUGUUAUGAAUGCAUUCACCCAGACAGCACACCGUGGACGUUGUUCAUUUUAUGGAAACGUUAAUGUUGGGAAAGAUAUAAGUAUUGAGGAGCUGAAGCAGGCAUACCACGUUCUGGUAUUGAGCUAUGGAGCUGAAACUAAUCAGACGCUAGGGAUUCCUGGGGAGAAUCUACUGGGUGUAUAUUCUGCAAGAGCAUUCGUAGGCUGGUAUAAUGGUUUACCUGAAAACCGAGAUCUGAACCCUGAAUUGAGCAGUGAGACGGCAGUCAUCGUGGGACAUGGAAACGUGGCACUGGAUGUAGCCAGGAUUCUCCUUUCUCCCAUUGACAUGCUUAAGAAAACAGAUAUCACUGCACAUGCGCUGGAGGCUAUAGAAAAUAGUAAGGUGAAACGGGUGAUUAUUGUUGGGAGAAGAGGACCUCUCCAGGUGGCAUUUACCAUAAAGGAACUGCGUGAGAUGAUUAAUUUGCCAGGUACUCGGUCAUUGCUGGAUCCCAGUGAUUUUGAGGGGCUCAAACCAAUUGUUAAAGAUCUACCAAGACAGAGGAAGCGGCUGAUUGAACUCCUGAUUAAAGCUGGUCUUGAAAUUAAUUCUGGAAAAGAAGCUGAGUGCCGAGCAGCAGCCACUAAAGAAUGGAGCCUACGCUUUCUGCGAAGCCCCUUGGAGAUUGUUCCGAGUAAGGAUGGAAAACGUGUGGGUGGGAUUCGGCUGACAGUUACCAUGCUGGAGGGCUCAGUAGCAUCUGCACAAGCCAUUCAGACAGAAGAUAUUGAAGAUCUGGAGUGUGGAUUAGUGCUGUGCAGCAUUGGCUACAAAAGCCAUUCCAUUGACCCCUCUGUUCCAUUUGAUCAACAACAAGGGGUUAUCCCAAAUAAAUUGGGACGAGUCCUACAUGCACCAGGUGUGUACUGCAGUGGCUGGGUAAAAAGAGGACCAGUUGGGGUCAUCGUAACCACGAUGAAUGAUAGUUUUGAAACAGCGGAAUCUGUGAUGGAGGAUGUGCAGUCAGGAAUACUGGAUGUAUCUGCUUCGAAAGGAGGGUUUAAAGUAAUUGAGGCUUUGCUUAAGCAAAGAGGGAUAUGCCCAGUUUCAUUUUCUGGAUGGAAAAAAAUUGACUCCUUUGAAAUGGCAGCAGGAGAGAAAGUGGGCAAACCCAGGGAGAAACUGCUAAGUGUGAAAGAGAUGCUAAAAGUGGCCAAUCAGUGACCAAGCGGCCUAAUACUGAGAUCUACAGAAUGUACCAGACUUUCUUCAGAGAACAUUGCCAGUGGCUGAUUUAAAGAAGAAGCAUUUCUUCUUUUAUUCUUUGUAUAACAGUGGCAAGACCACAAGAUUCUUUUGAAAGAUAAAAUCUGUGCCCUGUGGUGAAAUGUC